GCACAACUACUCUGCAUGGAGCGUCGCAUCCAGAAGCUUGAACAUGCACUAGAACAUUCCGCACCGCCACGAACUUAUGCUAUAUCACGAGCGGCGUCCAAGAAGGCUGCUGUGCUAGAGGCCGAAUCAGUCAUCGCGGCGGCCGUUGAACGAAUGAGAGAAGCGCAUACUUCAUUGGUUAAAAAUAGCAGUAGCGAGGAGAUUGACACUCUCUGCGAAGUGCUGCGGGAAACUUGUUAUCAGCUUCUGAUGACAUGGAGGGACCCCGAGGCCGAGCAGAUUGUGCAAGAUUUUACUCUAGCUCCUGUUCAACCGAAGGGUUGUUGUAACGAGUGUCAGAAGGAGAUAGAAAA